AUGGACAAUCAUACAACUGAGAUCUUCCUGCGCGACAACAACAUUUCCGACGAUGACCUUUCCGCCCUGCUCGCCGAUGAAGCCGGCGUGAAGAAACUCGUGAAGCGCGUGGACUGGUCUUUGAUGCCUCUGCUUUGCAUCACCUAUCUACUGCAGUACAUCGACAAACAGUCUUUAUCUUACGCCGCCGUCUUCGAUCUUUUCGAAUCUACCAAUAUCAACUCGGGCCAAUACGGCUGGCUUGUCUCCAUUUUCUAUUUCGGCUAUCUUCUCGCAGAGUGGCCAGCCUCAUAUCUCGCUCAACGCCUCCCGACUGGCACAGUCGUCUCCUGCAGCAUCAUCAUCUGGGGCUCCAUCUUGAUGAUUACGUCUGCAUGCACCAAUUUCACAGGUCUAAUGAUCUGUCGCUUCCUGCUGGGUUGCUUCGAGAGCUUUAUCACUCCGGUAUUCAUGCUCAUUGUUGGUCAAUGGUACCAACGUUCAGAGCAAUCUUCUCGCGCCGGCACAUUUUACUGCUUCAACGGCGUGGGCGCCUCGAUGGGUGGCAUCCUUUUCUUCGCGGUGGGCCAGCAGACUGGAGCUUUCGCCGUCUGGCGCAGCAUCUUCCUCCUCGCCGGAGGAGCGACCGUAUGCUGGGGCGUGCUUCUCCUCUUCCUUCUCCCGAACUCUCUCAUGACAGCCAAACGCUUCACGCCCAUGGAGAAGGCGACUCUUAUCGCCCGCACCCGCCAAAAUCAGACGGGUGUCUUCAAUCCCACCAUCAAAUCCGCUCAGAUCUGGGAAGCUCUCACCGAUCCACAAAUCUGGCUCCUCUUCCUCUUUGUCCUGCUCAACGAGACCAUCAACGGUGGCCUAGCCAACUUCUCCAAGCUCAUCGUCAAAGGCAUCUCCAACAACAAUGCCCUCCUCACCACCGCCUACGGCAUUCCGACCGGCGCAUGGCAGGUAUUGUGGGUCUUUUCCGGCCCUUGGCUCGCUUCGAGGUUCACAAACAUCAGAACAUAUAUCAUGGCGCUGUACGUCUUACCAACCAUCAUCGCCACCGCUCUCCUCUGGAAGGUGCCUCACGCCGGUAACAAAGGCCUCUUGAUGGCAAUCUACAUCGCUGGUUCCUACGUCGCUUCGCUCGUCAUCGCGCUGCAAUUGCCGGCAAAUAACGUAGCAGGCUAUACCAAGCGUGUCACAUCCACAGCCUUCGUCUUCUUAGCCUACUGCGCGGGUAACAUAAUCGGGCCACACGCAUUUCUGAAUGAAGAAGCGCCGACUUAUCCGACGGGAUGCAUCGUGACGAUGGCCUGUGCUUCCGGACAAGUGCUCGUGGCGUUCUGCUUGAGAGCUUUGCUGAUCAGACGCAACCGGAGGAGGGAUGAGCUGUAUGGUAAGGUUAUGCAGGGUACUGAGGGAUCUGGGGCGAUGCAAGAUCAGACGGACUUUGAGAACAAGGAGUUCCGGUACUCUUAUUGA